GCAGACGGCCGUGGAUGCUCUGUUCUUCCCGAGGCUACAGCAACAGCCAGAGGUCUUCCUGGGGAGAUGGCAGAACAGCAUGGAGCACCCGAGCAGGCUGCAGCUGGCAAGAGCCAUGGAGGCCUUGGGGGCAGCUACAAGGUGAUCGUGUACGAACUAGAGAACUUCCAAGGCAAACGCUGCGAGCUCUCGGCCGAGUGCCCCAGCCUGACCGACAGCCUGCUGGAGAAGGUGGGCUCCAUCCAAGUGGAGUCUGGGCCGUGGCUGGCAUUUGAGUCUAGGGCCUUCCGCGGGGAGCAGUUUGUUCUGGAGAAGGGGGAUUAUCCUCGCUGGGACGCCUGGUCCAACAGCCGUAAUAGUGACAGCCUACUGUCCCUCCGGCCUCUGAACAUUGAUAGCCCAGAUCACAAGCUGCAUCUGUUUGAGAACCCAGCUUUCAGUGGCCGCAAGAUGGAGAUAGUGGAUGAUGACGUGCCCAGCCUUUGGGCUCAUGGCUUCCAGGACCGUGUGGCGAGUGUCCGCGCCAUCAAUGGGACGUGGGUUGGCUAUGAGUUCCCCGGCUACCGUGGGCGCCAGUACGUGUUUGAGCGGGGCGAGUACCGCCACUGGAAUGAGUGGGACGCCAGCCAGCCGCAGCUGCAGUCUGUGCGCCGCAUCCGCGACCAGAAGUGGCACAAGCGGGGCUGCUUCCUCAGCAGCUGAAAGGCACCCAGACCUCAAAGACCCAGACCCACCCUGCGGGGGCUGCAAGGGCAAGAAGAGGAGGCUCCAGGGCUGGGGCGAGGGCUGACCUGUCCACCCUUCCCUGGAAUCUGCUCAAUAAAGCCUGGGGUUGGUCCCCCACCUGCCA